AUGGCUGUGGUCAUUAUCAUUCUCUAUAUUGUGACUUUCAUUGUUUUUGGCAUGGAUUGGUCCCUUACAUCCUCUGGAUUUAUUUCCUAUGGAGAAAACAUCUGGACUAGAUAUCUGAAGUUUACCAGCAAUGAUAUUCUGGCAACAAUAGGAAUGAGUACUACAGGCAUGAUUGGUACUAUUCUUGCUGACUCUAUCAUGAUUUGGCGUUGCUGGAUGAUUUGGGGAAAGCACUGGCUAGUCAUUGUACUUCCCACUCUUUGUCUAGUCUCUGGCAUUGUGUUCAAAAUUAUGGCUACACACCUAAUCUUUACAAAUUUCAUUAAGGCUGCCAGUGCUUCUGGUCUGAUACUUUAUGCAUCAUUCACUCUGGCUACAACAUUGUGGUGUACUGUGCUUAUCAUCUACCGUAUUCUGAGUGUAGGACAAGCAAACAAUGGAAUCAGAGGUGCAUUUGGAGCUUACCGGCAUGUCAUUGAAGUUCUGGUGGAAUCUUCUGCUCUCUAUUCUGUAUGCUUGAUCCUCUAUGUGGCUCUCACUGCUAGCAAUAGCUGGGGACAAGACUAUGUUGAUGUCAUAGCAGGUGUUGCAAGAGGCAUCACACCAACGCUCCUUAUUGGACGUGUUGCUGCAGGUCAUGCUCGUCCUGAUGACUCUUGGAAUGGAAGUAUCAUGUCUUCACUCCACUUUGGGCAAGGUCAGAGUCAGACAAACACCCAAGAGGAUUCUAUGAUCAGUAUCAACCUUGAUGAUGAUCCUGAAGCUCAGAUGGAGGAAAUAGAUGAGCCUGAGCAUGCUCAGGCAAGUUCCCAGAUGGUGUACAAUGAUGAUAUAGAGGCUCAGUUGGAGGAAAUUGAAAUUACUUAGUCA